CUUCUUCAUUAUCCACAACUCUCGGAGGGUGAUGCUCAAUGAUUGGCUAGGUGGGGCGUGGGAGACUGGACGCCGGCUUUUCUGAUCCGUGUUCAUGUUUAGACUACACCUUUGCACACCCACGGAGCAGAGAGGACGGACAGCGCGCCAGGAGUGUGAAAAGACUCGGACAUAAUAACCGGUGGCGGUGGAAGCGGUAGUAGCAGCGGACCAGAGACCAACCAGAGCAGAGUCAAUACUUUUUACGGUUUCAACGGGCGAAGUUGACUAGUGCUGAAGUAGAGCAGCGCGCAGUAGCACCAGUUUCCCUCUUUGUUUUCAUACAUUUCUUUAUUAUUGCUCUGCCUCAAAUGUUAAAAUAUAUUUUAGCUGUGGCUGAUAUAGGUCUACGGAACUUUCUUAUCUGACUUGUCCUGCCAGCACUUAUUUUAUGGUUCGCAUUUACCCCUGAACGCGAGUGGAAGCGAUAAUAUCUGGGAUAUUGUUCCAUAAACCUAUUCAUUUAGUUUGUCCUGCGUUAUCGGUGAUAUGUGUCUUUUCCAUACGGACUUCUAUUAGAGGAACUCAUAGCAAUAAAUAACAUUUACUAUUUUAUUUUUUUUACAGGAUUGUUUUUAUUUAUCCCAUGUUGGUUAAUUUAUUCCAACCUAAACUACAUGUAGCCUACCCCCCCAAAAACAUUUGGACACGUUUAUAUUUUGGAGACUGAUUUGUCAUCGAGAAAUUCUAUUUGAAGGGACAUAUAGCCGACAUUGAAGAGAAGGGAUUGGCGAUAUCCAGGGCACCGAGAGCACCUGGGACAAAUCGCGGUGGCGUAACCCGGUAAAGAUGCUCACUUUUUGGAUGCAGCGUGACCAAGGCCUCUGUCCUCUACUUGUUCUCAUUGUUCUCACCGGUGGAUAUCUCGUCUCUGAUGCUGAGACCAGUGACUACAGCGAGGUGCUAUCAGACUCCUUCCCCUCCGCCCCGGCAGAACCUCUCCCAGAGUUCCAGCUGGAACCCGAGGAUGGGUUCGUCGUGAAGAACCGUCCGGUGCAGCUCCGCUGUAGGGCCGCCCCCGCUACGCAGAUAUACUUCAAAUGUAAUGGAGAGUGGGUCAACCAGAACGAUCAUGUGACCAAAGAGAGCCUCGACCAGAUCACAGGCCUGAUGGUGAGGGAGGUGGAUAUCUCUGUAUCGAGGACCCAGGUAGAGGAAUUGUUUGGUCUGGAGGACUACUGGUGUCAGUGUGUGGCCUGGAGCUCUGCAGGCACCACCAAGAGUAGCCGCGCGUACGUCCACAUCGCAUACCUGCGUAAGGCCUUUGAGCAGGAGCCUCUGGGUCGAGAGGUGAGAUUGGAGCAGGAGGUGUUGCUGCAGUGUCGACCCCCUGAGGGCAUUCCCCCUGCUGAGGUUGACUGGUUAAAGAAUGAGGAAACCAUAGACCCAUCUCAGGACUCUAACUUCCUGAUGACCAUUGAUCAUGACCUCAUUAUUAAACAGGCCCGUCUCUCUGACACGGCCAACUACACCUGUGUGGCACGUAACCAUGUAGCCAGGAGACGCAGUAGUACCGCCACGCUUAUCGUCUAUGUCCAGUACCAGCAGUGCCAGCCCCACGCAUCAGGCUUCCUGCGACAGUUCCCAGUCCAGAGCUUCUGGCAACGGUUCCCGGACCGGAACCUCCGGCGACGGUCCACGUCCAGACACAGCGUCCAGUCCAGCUCCAUGGCAGGAGCCCUUCUCUGCCCCGAUGCCCAGUCCAGACACAGCGUCCAGUCCCGCUCCAUGGCAGGAGCCCUUCUCUGCCCCAAUGCCCAUUCCAGACACAGCAUCCAGUCCAGCUCCAUGGCAGGAGCCCUUCUCUGCCCCGAUGCCCAGUCCAGACACAGUGUUCAGCCUGGGUCCAUGGCUGGAUCUGCGGGAUGA